UGGAUAUUUUCAAAGGGAAAUCUGGUAAAGACACCAAGAGGCUUCAUUCGGAUCUUCAAGAUUUGUAUGGUAAGGUUUUGCGAUGCACUUUAUGGGCUGAUUAUGCUGUUCAAGUGAGCAAUUAUAUCAGUAACCAUAAGGGAGAAGAAAGUGUGAUAGCAAUUCUGCAACAUGCAAAAAUCAAAUAUUGGAGUAAUUCUAUCAGUGUUCAGAAUGAUAUGUAUGGUACCCGAGUUUUUCUUGAUGAUGAAAUUGAAGAAAUGAAUACUUUUCGUAGGAGCCUUAUACUCAUGCAAAAUGGAAAUGGUAAUUCUCAAAGCCAUUUGACCAUUCAGACCAAUUAUCCCAUUCGUAAUGAAUUUAUCACUAAUGGUGUGAGAAAAACUGUCGAGGAGAUUCGUGAGUUGCCGAUGUGGACUGAAAACAUUGACCUUAACACUCACAUUCCCAAAGUUGAGUGUGUUGUUCUUGCCUCCAUUAGGCUCUUGGAGGAAGAACACGGUUGGUUUUAUGUAGCACAUCGAACCUGUAAGAAGAAAGUGAAGACUAAAGCUGAGUUUCUCAAGAUUGCUGAUAACAUAACUGAGGAACUGCAGAAUGCACCGUCUGAUAGUUUGUGGUGUGAUAAGUGCAUGUGCCAAGCGACAUCCGUCAUUCCAAAAUUCAGGAUCCAAUUUAGGGUCCAAGAUGCGACUGGUAGCACUUCAUUUAUGAUGUUUGACCAAGAUGUUGCUCGCCUUUUGAACUUGUCUGCAAACUAUAUUCGUGAUCGUCAAGUUCAGUCUGAGAAUCCCAAUGGUUUCCCUCAUGAAUUGGAUGCUCUUGUGAAUCGUAUGCUUGCGUUUAAGAUUGUCGUUAAUUCCUACAAUGUUCGAAACAAGUACUAUGUCUUUACUGUUAUCAAGGUUUGUGAUGAUCCUGAUAUAAUUGAUGAAUUGCUUUCAUUGGAAAAUCAACCAGAGCUUACUACCCCAAGUGUUGAUCCUACCUGUGUCAAGCUAUCGGAAUCCUCACAAUGUGGAGUUGAUUCAAAGGAUGUUGCAUCUGUUACUGGAGGUUGUUUAACUAUGGACGUCGACAAUGACACUGAAACAAGCCCCCUGAUUGAAAGACCCAUCAAAGCUGUUAUUGAUGCUCUCAAUGCUCCUGGAGAAUCUUCCACCAAAAGACUAAGGAAGAAGUUGGAACCAUAUGAUGUGUAAACAAUGCUUGAAACUGUACUGUUAUGUUUGCAGAUUUCUUUUGAACAUUGCUUGUCUGUCUAUUACUCUGUUUAUCUUUUGGAGUUCAUUGAUGGAUGUUAUUGCCAUGAACCUUGAACUUAUGAACCUGUAUGCUACUUCCUUUUGUUGAAUGGUUUCCACUUUCAUUCAAUGUCA